UUUAACAAUUGGUCCGAUCAUCCUCUUUGCAUUCGCAUCAUCUAAGCUCUCUUCUUCCUCUCUCCGAUCUCUGCAAUGAGAAAAGCUCAAACUACAAUUCUCUGCGCCUCUCAAGUAAGUGAAUCUUUGUCAAAUUGCAGGUUGAAACAUGAUCUAGAAUCUCAGAUUUUUCUUUAGAAAACACACACACACACAGAACUGUCAGUUGUAAGACUUUUUCUAUAGAACUUAUCAAGAUCUGAUUUAUACAUCAGUCUCCAAAAUGUCUUGUUUGGCACUUUCCCUUCAACCCACAAAUGGACCUGACAUCUUACUCCAAACCCGUGAAUGGUUCCCUCCUUCUCGUGCCCUAAUGGCCCUUUCCGCUUUUCGCCAAACCCGCCUUGCCUUUUCCAAACAAGCCCAACUACCCACCCCCUCUGACUCUUCUUCUGAUCCUUCUAUGUCCCUUGGUGAUGACCCGCUCGCUGCUUCUUCGGGUCAAGUUAUUGUUGGUGUCGAAUCCAGGUACCGUGUUGUUUACCGCCUUGUUAACUCAAUUUAUGUCCUUGCUAUUACCACUGCUGAUGAUAAUAACGACAAAGAAAUGGUUGUUAAUAAUGUGUUUGAGUGUAUUAGUAUUGUGAAUCAAGCUGUUUCUGUGGUGGUUACUGCAUGCCGGGGUGUUGAUGUCACUCCGGAGAAGUUAGCUAAGAAGUACGCAGAGAUUUAUAUGGCUUUGGAUAUUGUGUUAAGAGGGGUUAGUAAUAUUAGGCUGGCGGCUAUGUUGGCGUCUAUGCACGGGGAGAGUAUUGCCAAGAUGGUGCAUUCUGCUAUUCAUACGGAGAAUAAGAUCAGGGGAGCUGAUAGUUGGGUGAAUGUGGAGGCUCAUGCGUUGGGACAAGAAGGUGGAGUGGAAUCGUUCUCAAAAGUCUUGUUUGAGUUGCCUCAGGAGACGUUGGAGGCGGGUGAUGAGGUGGCAGCAUCGUUAGCGAUUAUGGGUGGAGAAAAGGAGGAAGAGAAAAUUGAGGAGAUUGAGGGGGAGAAAGAUCCAUUUGCUGCAAGUGAUAUGAUUAAUAAGCCGGAGUCUUUGGUGGGUGAUUUUAAGAAGGAUAAGGAUAAGGAUAGUUCGGAUGUAUCGAAAGCAUUGGCAGGGCUUGAGGUGACUACCUUGCCACCUGCUGCAGCCACCCAGUCAACCCAUAUUGGUGUGGAAGGGUUUGAAGGGGAUUAUGGUGGGAUAGAGUUUAGUAAUGACGGAUCAACUCUGCAGCAGGAUUUUGAAGGGAUUAAUGAUGCUUGGGGUGGUGGAUUAGAUGCUUCAGAGUAUGUGGGAACGAAAAAGGUGAAGAAAGAUCAGGGUCUUGGUGGGCUUGAGUUACUGGAGACUAGUGAACCACCUAAAGCUGCAGCUGGAGCUGCUACUGAUGGUGGUGCUGGGAAAAAACUUGAGGAUAUUUUGGUGAAGAAAAUGAAUGGUCCAGAAAUGUUCAUCACCGAGGAGAUCAGUGCGGAGUUCAGAGAAUCAUUGCUUGCGAGGGUUGGGUUGAUGGGCGUUGUUUUCUUAAGAACACUGCCCCUGAAGUCUUCUGAUGAUAAGGAAACUGAGUUUUCCUUCAAGGUUGAAGGCACCGCUGGUGUUAAGAGGUUUGUCGUGCAAAACUCUCAUGUGAGCAGCCUUGGGAAUGGUUUGUUUCAUGUGAAGACAGCACAUUCAAAUGAGCCUAUACCUAUUAUUAAGUACAGUUUGCUGCCGCGUUUAACUCCAUUGCCUUUGAGGAUUCGACUUGUUAAGCGUCUUAGUGGGACAUUACUCUCUGUAAUGCUGCAGUACGUUGCAAAUCCUGAUCUUCCAGUUCCUUUAACCAAUGUAACCUUUGUCCUGAAAUUGCCAGUAGACCCCACAUUAUUGAAAGUUACACCCAAAGCUGUAUUGAACCGGUCUGAGAGAGAACUGAAAUGGCAUGUUGAUGAGAUCCCACUCAAGGGUCAUCCUGGUAAGCUGAGGGCGAGGUUCCCUGUAGAUAUUAAUGAUGAUGAUGGUGGGGAAGAGCUAGUGCUUUUUGGUUACGUAAAGUUUUCAUCCCAAGGGCCUAGAUCUUUGUCUGGCAUUUCUCUGCAGCCAGCUAUAGAGGGCAAGGCCGAUUUUUAUGAGGUUGAUCACAGGUAUUCAAGUGGAGUUUACACAUGCAAUUAAGCUUCAAAGAUUUUUUAUUUGUUGGUUUCAAAAUUGUGUUGUUUACUUUCUAUCUUCUCGACAUGGUAUGAGAUGUCAAAGUAUUUGCAGCUUUCUUUGAAUGUACUAGAAUGUAAUCUAGGUGAUCUGUUCUUUUGAGGAAUUCUUGUGUUUAAAUCUUCUCAGUCGUUCUUUUUAUGUAAUGGGACAAAACAUUUUGAUAUCUGAUGUAUGUGGUCCAAAUAAAAUGUUUUGUUUUCUGGGUCUUAACAUCUGUACCUUCUCUCGUUUGUGAGAGAAAUUCUGGAACAUUUUGUCCUGGGAAUCAUUAUAAGCAAUUUGUCACA